AUGGAGGAAAUGCACAGGGUGACAAUGACUCUAGGGAUAGUACCUGGACCCUACUUUAAAGAACUUAUUGUUUGCCAAUACAAAAACUUGGUAAGACCCACCCAUGGCAUAUUGCUAGGACAGGAUCCUUUUGAUUACCAUUUUCCUGUUCUUAUGGCUCAAAUGUCUUUGAUUUUCCUGACCGCCAGAUUUAUUUAUUUUUUGUUGAGACCUUUUCGACAAAGUAUUAUCACUGCACAAAUUUUGGCUGGAAUAUUUUUAGGUCCCUCAUUUCUGUGGUAUUACAUCCCAGCUAUAAUGAAAUUAUUUCCACCAGGAGGCAGGAUGAUACUUAGCGUAACUGCAUACCUGGGCGUCAUCCUUCACAUUUUUAUUCUUGGAUUGCGAAUGGAUGCCAACUUAAUAAGGCAGUCUGGGGCUUGUGAAGUACUGAUAGGUCUCUGUGCUUUUGCGGUACCUGCAAUAAUUGGAUAUUUGGCAUUUAAAACCAUUGUGGAUAUAAAAGAUGCAGAUGAGCCAGUAAUCAAAUCAAUUCCUUCUAUAGUAUUAAUAAAUUCUAUGAGUGCAUUUCCUGUUAUUACUAGUGUUCUUUCUGAUCUAAAAAUUCUAAACUCUGAUCUUGGCCGAUUAGCUGCCAAAGCAUGCAUGAUCAAUGACAUGAGUUGCUUCUUCAUGGGGCAAAUUUUAUUUACACGCCGGUUUGCUCUUGGUGAAGGGUCCUAUGAAGCGGCAUUACAGUACGUCAUAUGUUUUUCUUCUUUUGUGCUUACAAUCGUGUGUAUCCUUCGGCCAUUUAUAGUACGGUUGACAAAAUACACCAGGCCAGGAGAAGCCAUGGAGGAAUUCCACUUCUUUUGCAUAAUGUUAGUGGUUUUCUUAUGUGCUUUUGGCUCUGAGCUUGUUGGCCAAGCUUGUUUUUUCGGCCCUUUUCUGUUUGGUUUGGCUCUGCCGGAUGGGAAACCAUUAAGUGCAGGAUUAGAGCAAAGACUUCAAACAAUUAGUGGUGGAUUGUUAGUUCCCCUUUUUUGUGCCUUCGGUGGCUUGAGAAUGAAUCUGUUUGCAAAAGGAAAUGGGAAUUCACAUGACGUGGUUAAACUCAUACUUGCUGUUACCUAUACAUCCAAGUUCAUAGGUGUCAUUUGUCCAGCCGUUCUAUGUGGUGUGACCUACUUGGAUGCCUUUUGCCUUAGCUUAAUCAUGUGUUGCAAAGGCAUUAUUGAGAUUGCUAUUUACGUGGAGUGGAUGGAUUCCAAGGUUGUAGACGUCCAUUCCUUCAAUACUCUGCUAACCUCACUGUUGAUUGUGACUGGGUUUGCCAGACCACUUGUUUCCUGUCUUUAUGAUCCUACUAAGAGGUAUAGAACUAACAGCAGAAGGACGAUUCAAGGAGCCAACUACAAUAUGCAAAUGCGAGUACUGGUUUGUAUACACAAUGAAGAUAAUGUACCCAUGACCAUACACCUCCUUAAAUCCUGUAAUCCCUCAAGAGUCAGCCCUGUUACCGUCUUUGUCUUGCAUCUCAUGAAGCUCACUGCCAGUUCAGCUGCAAUUCUCGUGCCUCAUUACCAAGGAGACACUCUCAAGUCCGACGGAAACUGUUCCAUGCAUAUUUUUAAUGCCUUCGAGCGUCUUGAGCAGCAAUACAAAGGUACGAUUGCAGUGCAGCAAUUCACCGCUGUCGCACCAUACAAAAGCAUGCAUAGUGACAUAUGCACUGUUGCAGCAGACAAAAGAACAACUAUUGUGAUUAUUCCCUUUCAUAAACAGUGGAGCAUUGAUGGAAAAGUGGGAUUUGUCAACCGUUCGAUCAGGAUUGUGAAUAAGAAUGUUAUGGAUUGGGCUCCUUGCUCAGUUGGACUACUUAUCAACCGAUGCCAAAUGGAUAGUAACCAAUCAAUCUUAUCGUGCGAUUUGUCGUAUAGCAUUGCCCUGCUUUUCUUUGGAGGUGAUGAUGAUUAUGAGGCUCUUGCUAUUUGCGGACGCAUGGCAGGAAAUCCCAACGUGAGCCUCACAGUAGUGUUAUUUAAACAUGAUCUUUGCAACUACGAAGUCAAAAAACUUGAAUGUUUAAUUCACCAUUACGCUGCUAGAGAUUGCAGAGACAGGAUCCACUUCAAAGAGUUCAUGGUGCAAAAUGGGGAGGAAAUAACUAAAGUCAUACGUUCCUUGGGAGACACAUUUGAUUUAGUCAUAGUUGGUAGGCAUUUUGAUCCUCGUUCUCCAAUUGCAUCGGGGUUGACAGAAUGGAGUGAGGUUCCUGAGCUUGGUUUGAUUGGUGAUAUGUUAUCAUCAUCAGAUUUCAAAUUUGCAGUUUUGGUGAUUGUGCAGCAGCCACUAAUGACAGGGCUAACCGAAUUGAGGACAAUGAACAGUAGUAGAUCUAUCAGUUCCAAGGUCUCCUCUAUCUUCUCUAGUGAUGAAGAUAGGCAUACAUUAGUUGAGAAGUAG